AUUCGUUCGGCGUGGUCGGUGUUUCAGUGGUACCCGCUGACGAUUGGCCGAUCCAGGAACCAGGCCGACCCGGCGGGCAGGGGUGCGUGCGUACGUUCGUGCGUACGUAUAGUACGUGUAUAUUCGCGCACCUAUCCAUUUGUCGACUGUCACUCGCUCGUCCGCUCGGGGCUAUUUUCCCCUUGACGCGUCGCAAACGUUCACCGUCUAUAUUUCACCCACUUCUCGCAGCCAUCGAAUGCGUCGUGACAGCGUGCCGCUCAUUGCGCUUUUUUGUUUACCCACCCAAUGGUUGGCGACGCUCAAGAUCGCGAUAUUCGCGAUAUGAACGCGAGGCGCACAGCCGGCGGUGGCAGCUGUUACAGGAACCGAGUCGGAAUCGGGACCGAGAUUGAGACACUGCGGACAUCGCGCAGACAUCGAGUGCUAAUUGAGCUACUAUCCCCAUGCUUGGCAGCGAUUUUCUUGGAACCACUUUAAUGUCGUUUACAGAACCAUCCCUCGAGUAUGGGCUCGAGCAGAAGAUCCGGUUCUGGCGGGAGUCGAGCGAACGCUGGCGUUCUCAAGGAACGUGCCAACCUGUCGUUCAUGCUGGUCGUCAUGUUCUUUGCCGUGUUCGGUUUGAUCGUUCUCACGGAAAUAUUUCUGAUCGACGAGAGGCGCGGCGUAAGCAUCGGAGGCACUGGCGUACUCGGGGGUCACAGAAGCGGUCAUCGAUUACCAGCUGCGCCUGAUCGUCCAGAUUACGGAGAGAUAGGAGCCGAAGAUUACGUCGGUUUGAAGGGUAGCUUUGACGAGCAUGUCGGGUUACUGGUACGCGGGGAGAACGGAGGACAGAAGACAGUAAUACACCCGGAUCCACGUGGCUUACCGAGCUUACCGCCCAGCUUGGAAGCUCGUUUACCACAGUUGGAUCAGAACCUAAAAGUUACGCAUGCUGAAUGGUUGCCAGUCACUAAUACGAGGUUCAAAUUUUUCGUUUAUUCGGCAUAUUUCGACAACAGAGUUAGCGGCGCGGGUACGCCGGCUGGUAAGAGUCAGGGUGUAGUACGUGUAAUUAGCGCUACUAAAACCAGAGGACCGGAGCGUGUUUGGUGUAGGCUCUGGUAUCGACAGCAAAACGGUGCAAACGUCACUAUCUCGGUAACGGUCGCUGCCAAAGUUAAGGUGAUUCGGGAGAAUUGGAAUCUCAAGUACAGUGCCUGCUUCGUGAUAUGUCCGUUACCUAAAGAAUCCCCAACAACGGAUAAGGUGCCGGAAGCGGUCAGUGUCGUAGCGAGACUGAGAGCGGUUCCGACGAAUCGCAUCCUUGUACAGAAUCGUUUCGAAAGCAGGACAAACGCCAAGGAAGCUUUGGCUGUUUGCGUCAAACCUUUGCAUUAUUAUUACAAUAGGGUUUUGCAAUUGGUGGAAUUUAUCGAGUUGCAUAGACUCUUGGGCGCUGCUCACGUCACUUUGUAUAACGAUACUGUAGGCGCAGCGGCCGGCUGUGCGUUAAAAUAUUAUGAGAACAAGGAUCUGGUUACAGUGUUACCAUGGCAUCAUCUUGACAUGAUUUCCCAGCGGGAAAUUCGCACGGAAGGUCUUUUUGCGGCACUUAACGAUUGCCUCUACCGAUCUAUGUACAAAUACGAGUAUGUAGCGCUCGUAGAUCUCGACGAGUAUAUUAUACCGAGGCAUAAUGACACUAUAAUCGAUCUGCUACGAUGGAUGGGAAAUCGAAUCAACAUCAAGUCAACUGGUGCAUUUUCCUUUCAAAAUGCCUUUUUCUACCUACAAUGGGCCGAUGAUCCUUUCGUGGUGACUAGCCGUACUCCCACCGAAGCCGGUUUGAUUACUCUGAAAAAAACACGGCGCAGGACCAAGUUGCAUCCACACAAGCAACGCUCCAAAUACAUCUGUAAACCACAAGAUGUGGUGGAAGCGGGCAAUCACUUCGUCUGGGAAUUUAUUCCUGGUCAUGGAACCCUGAACGUACCCUCCGAUGCCGCCAUCUUGCAUCAUUACCGUGUCUGCGAGUUUGGUGGUGACGACUGCAUCAAGACACAAUCGACGGUCGAUAGAACGGCCUAUAAAUACAGAGAUCGACUUGCGACGAAUGUCGAUAAGACGUGGAUGGAAUUGCGCGCCGAAUGCUCGCUUCCAGAACUUGAACCGGUCCCGGCAUUAACACCUCGAAUCAAAGCCAACCCACUCGACAAAUCGGUCAGGUAGCGAAAAACCAUCGUUGAAAUUUUGUGGGACAUUGGCAAUUUCACUGGUACGCCGAAAGUCGCGAGGACCUAUUUCUACAACUACGGCGGUCCAUAGUCUUCUCAAACUGAGCUAAGCGAACUCCCGUCUUUUUUUAUGAAACUCACUGAAUCGUGUUUUUAAAUUUGCGAAGCAGGAGAAUACGCUUAUCAGCGAGAUAAUAAAAAUUGCGAAAAAAAAAGAAAAAAAAAGAAACAAGACGCGAAUUAAUCAUAUUUUUCUACAUGAUGGAACGAUUAGCGAAAUUUGGGGACAACCUGCCAAGUCUAUCGAGUUUGACACCACAUGGUGGUAUUUCUCUCUUACGAUUUUAUACGGACUCUUGUAUCUGUAUCUUACAAUUCUUUCAUUCGUGCAGCAAAUGUGAUCGUUUGCGAUAAAUUCUAUUAUUCAUUAAGAAAGAUUGUUACGGAAGGCCUAAAAAAAACGGACGGGCUAAAAAAAAGCAGUUGGUGAUAAACGGUGAGCAACAUUAGAUAUUAUUCCUAUUAUAUCGUUAUUUCGAGGGUAAACCUUUUUUUUAGAUAUUUGUAAAUUCACACAAUGUAUCUUAUGCAUAUCCAUAGAAUCAAUAAAUAGUAUAGUGAUAUAUGUACAAUAUGUAUUUAGGACUGUUAGAAAUUAAAUCUACAGACACACACAGCCUAGAAC